AUGAAUUUUUACCCUAAUUUUGAUCUUGAAAAGCAAACCACGUCUCAUGCUACAGUUUGGGUGAGUUUCCCUGGCUUAUACAUUGAAUUAUGGACAAAAAAAAUUCUUCUAUCUAUUGCAAAAAUUCUUGGUAAACCAAUUGCUAUAGACCAGAAAACGUUGGAUCAUGAUGUUGGUAAUUAUGCUGCUGUUCUUAUUGACAUUGAUUUUGCAAAAGAGAUUCCUAAAAGAAUAUAUCAGACAACCAAUGGUAAGAAGUUCUGGCAGUAUAUUGAAAUUCAAGACUUAGAGAAUAUCAAAUUCUGCACUCAUUGUAAGUUUAUGGGCCACAAAUUUGAGAAUUGCCUUGCUGCAAAGAAAAUUUUGGGAGGUUCUAAUGCUGUAAAGAAGUCACCUACGGUGACCAUUAAGAAUGACAAAGAAGGAAAAUCAAUCAAAUCUGUUUGGAAAAAAGUUGGUGAAGCUUCCCAUGCAGGCCAUGCAAUUAACGUCAAUAAUGUGAAGGCUGGUAAGGAGGGUAUAAAUUCAGUUCAUGAGGUUGCUGUUUAUGAUGAUAUUGAGAAGUCUGGGAACGUGAUUAUGGAAUCAAUUCAUGAGAAGUCUGAUGAUAAACAACUAGAAGAGCAGCUCGAAAAAGCUUUUAAUGAGUAUCGUGAAGCUCAGAUUAAGUUGAUGAGAUGUAAAAACAAUAUUUCAGCCAAAAAAGAUCUUGCUUUACGUGAUAAUUCUGUCCAUAUUGACAAUGCAGAUAGUAGACAAGGGAAGCUCGUGCAAACUAGGGAAGCUCAGCAAGAGUCCGUGCAAACUAGGGAAGCUCAGCAAGAGUCCGUGCAAAUUCAGUCCGUGCAAACUUCUAAAGCCCAGCAAGAGUCCGUGUCUAAAAAGAAUUUGGAAGAUAUUCCAAAUAUUCAGUCUGGGACCAAGUAUGAUUCUGAAAAUCCAACGCCAAUUUCAGUUAAGGAAAUUACUUCAAAUUCUGUGUUCAAGCAAAAUCCUACCAGACCUACGUUUAUUACUAAUCCAGGGAAACCUAAAGAGGAUUGGAAAAUAGUUAUGGGUAAUAACUCCCCUAAUAAAGGGAGGAAUUAG